CGGCUUCUACACCACACAAUGUGUAGUCAGCGCCGAGCAUCGACGACAUCCGGGCGUGCUUGAUAACAACAGCUUCUUCAUCCCACCGCUGCGGCCCUUUCUGUCUCACCGCCGUUGCCCGCCGCGAUGUUCUGCUUGCGGCAGUUCAUCCCCGUCUUACUCUUUCUACUGAACGCCUCACCGAUCUACGCUGUUCUCUUCCUCUCGACCUACUUUAUCAUCCAGCGACCAUGCGUUUAUUGUAGCAUUCUGCUCUUCGUCCUCGUCGGGUCCAUCUUCGACUUCAGCAGCACCGAUUGGUUUGAGCCCCGAUGGCAAGCGAACACCAGCGCAUUAUCGGAGUCGGCGGCAGCAUAUCUCAGCGGCAAUGCGACCCUCACCGAAGUCGUUUCUGAGACUGCCGGUCUCGUUGUUUCAGCCCUCAACGGGACAGGAGGCUCUCUCACGAGCGUCGCCCUGGACACUGUGAAAAGAAAAGUGGAAGGAACAGCCGCGCCGGCUUCCAUUGCGAGCACACCCAACGGGAUAAACGCAUUCGAAUGGAUACGGAACAUAUUGGAUAAGAGACACUUGCGUAUACAAUGUCUGGGCGUAGUAGUCCGGAUAUGAGGUCAAUGCGCGGAAUAGACGGACUAAUGAUUGCAUGGACGGAGUCAUUGUAUGCAUUUGCCUGGAUAUGGAGACAGACCUUUCGCUGCAGUGCGGAUAAUGCUGGCCGAAGCGGGCUCAGUUGGAGGUUUGAAGCAUCAUCUCCCUAAGAAGGUCUUAUAGAUUGCACAGCUUGACAGACUUCACAGUCACCUAAUGACAGAUACACCUUGGUGAUUCUGCACAGAAGGUCAUCUUUUCCGCUACUUCGCAAGACUUUGCUAUCGUUUCCCCUUCAGAGCGCGCUCUCCGGCUACCCCAGUUCUACUGCUAUUUAGCGACUCCGAUCAUAAAGUCCGAACGGACCAAGGACUACUCCAGCUCAUCACGACUCCUUCAGCAACCUCCCUUUCCGGCGCCGAGUGCCGUGUUCAAUGCUCUUCCCACACAAGCUUUGGUCCCAAUCGGCAACCUCCCAGUCGCGCGCCAUGCGUAGUUGCCAUCAUUCGGCGUCCAUUCGAACUUCCAUCUUGUCAAUGCGCCGCAUCCGACCAAUUGCUGGCGCAAGUUCGAGCCAUUGUCGCCAAGCCUGGAGUUGGGCACGUUCUUGCCACGAAGAGAGAAGUCUUCGAAGAGGAACUUGUAGGCGACGCUGCAGGUCACUUCGCCGGCGGCACGGGCUACGAGAAGUGGGUUGGUGUCGCUUUCUUGCGGCAAGACAUUGCCAAUAUCCCUGACGAGAUCGUUAUUGGGACCUUCAGGAGCGCCGUGGGGCAUGG